AUGCUGGAUGGCGUACCACUAUCUCGGGUUGAAGGAGGAGCACCCGAAGUGGAGACGGUAGAAACACUGGACGUGAAUGAGAUGAGCGUAUUCUUAGAAGUAGAUGUAAGGCUCCCCGGCACCAACUGGCUGGUUGAACCAGAGGACCCAGAAGAGGAAGAGGAAGCGAUGCCAGAUAGCGUACCACCAUUCGAAGUUGAAGAAGGAGCACCUGAAGUGGAGACGGUAGAAACACUGGACGUGAAUGAGAUGAGCGUAUUCUUAGAAGUAGAUGUAAGGCUCCCCGGCACUAAAUGGCUGGAUGAACCAGAAGAUAAAAGUGAUGUAGUGCUGGGCUUGGAGACAAUGGACGACGAGGAAGCAAUGGCCGAAGAUUUGGUUGAUGCUACUGAGGAGAUAAUGGACGAGGACUGGGUGGGGUGGAUCAGAGAGGGUGUCGAGCCUAUUACCGAGUUCGGGGCAGAUGAAGACAGACUUGGAACAAUCGUAGCCCUGGUGCUAUCAGAUGCCAGGGAACCGAAGGUUUUAGUAGAGCUUCUAAGGGAGCUCGGCGCGAUUGAGCUGAGUUUUGACGUGAUUGCUGUGCUAGAUCUCAAGUCCGUACUACCUGCGGGGAGGGUAGUGACGGCUGAAGAGACGUCGGGAAGUGAGGUCCCUGUUCUCGAGACAGAUGCUGUACUACUCCCUGGCACGAUCGUGUGA